CAGUCUUCACUGCGUGGAGUUGUGAACUGAUUUUCUUUCCCACUGCUCUCACAAAUUGAAUCUGCGUGCUUAAAAUAUUGGAUUUUUUUAAAACUAUUGCAACAUUUUUUAUUGUAGAUUUCGAAAUAUACACAUAAUUUCUUAACUAGCUUGGGGUGGUGGAAGCCGUUCUCCUGGUGGGGGAAAAUAAGAUAAAGGAAGACUUGUCUAAACAAAAAAAUUUGAGAAAGAAACCAGACCAUUCCAUUCUGAGCUCAUCAGACAUUUGAUUCAAGUUGGAUCCUGAAAUACUUUCUGCUUCUAACCAGAAUCCCUUGAAAAUGUGGGACAGAGGAAACGUGCUUUUUGCUGCAGUUGUGUUCACAGCACUCUACUACACUCAUGCGGAACAACUGGACCCAGGUGCUGUGGAUUACCUGUGCUAUGCAUGCCAUGAAAAGGCCAUGGAGAUUGUUAUCGAUUCAGGACUUUUGAGAGAAGAGUUAAACCUCAAUAAGGAAUUCCAGAAAACAUGGAAUGCCAGUACCCAGUGCCAACAGGUGAUCCCAGGAGGAAUUAAAGAACACACCACUGCACUCUUGGCAUAUUCUAAUGGUGAUGAAGAGUUUCUAAAUAAAUUUAAUGGUGAAGUGGAGACAAUGCGUGGAAAUGUCAGCACCUAUGGAAAAGACUUCAAUUUCAAGUCUUUUCACUUCUUACUGAUGGGUUACAUGAUGCUGGACAAGCCAAAGAACUGUAAGACUGUAUAUUUUCUGACGGAAGAAUCUAAAGCACAAAAAGGCUCCAAAUUGAAACUUGGACGGUUCACUAAAGCAGAGACAAACUUCGAAUCACUACGCAAGUCAGAGGAUAUUGACGGCAUGGUUGUUUAUAAUAUCACUUCUUGCUACUUUGCCAAAAUGGCAGCCAACAUUUGCACAGAUAGUGAAUAUGUUCUGUUAUCUCCAGCCGAAGCGUUCACUGUGGAGAGUGUAAAUAAGAGAAAAGUGGAGGAUGAUACGUACACAGAGAUUGUUCUGAAAAAUUCAGAUCUGGGAUGCUCGCAAUUUUGCCACAUCUGCUCAAGAUCUCAACCUACUGUCUCCACCCAGUGGCUUGUGUUGGUGAUUGCAGCUUUGAGUCUUUUUGUUUUCUGCUGAGCAAAAACAAGUAGCAUCUCGGGCAAGAUCAGACAGACGUGCCAUCAAACUGCAAAAAUAGUUUUUGUUUACAGUUGAGCAAUUAAUGAACAGUUCAUUUCAGUACUAAAACCAUAUUUGAAACUAAAAUCCAUAUGUUACAUCAGUAAAUCAAGCAAUAUUAUUUUUGAUAGCUUUGUUUAUAUUUUAUUCUUUUGCUAAAGUGUAUACAGAAAAGAGAUGAAAAGUGGAAGGCGUGAUGACACUGAUGUAUGGGAACUGAGCAAGUUACAUUUCAUUAACACUUCAAUACCAGAGUGGUUUCAUCUGAUAAUAUCAGUUUAGUAUUUCAGCGUUUUUUUUAAAGAUAGAUUAAAAGUGAAUUGGUCGAAUUCCUCUUGUCUUUUCCUCUACUUCUUAUAUCUUCUAAUACUGAUCUUCAUAUAUUGAUUGCAGUGGUAUAACCCUAACCCAUUUCUAUUUAUAUCAGCUGGUCCAUAAGACCCUAAUUAAACUAUAACAUGUUGUUGGUUCAUGCUGUGCAGAGUGAUACAAAUAAAGUAUAUGUUCAAACAAUCUUA